AUGCCUUCAACAAUUGGAAAACGGCCGUUGACAAUUGAAGAGUCCAAGAACGUGGAACCAUUUGCAUCUUCUCCUGCGAUUUUGCUUGGACAGGCUAGUCCCAAGGAGGUUGAGGCUCCUUCAAUAUACAUGGUUUCAAAUGCUUCCGAGGAUCACAUUCCAAACGAGGAACUUGAACACAAAUCCGAUAGUGAGACACAAGAUGACAACCCUGUGGAGGGUCUAAGCUGCAGUACUCGUAAGAGAAGACGUUACCAUCGCCAUUCACACCAUCAAAUUCAUAAAUUGGAAUCGUUCUUCAAGGUGUGGCCUCACCCCGAUGACAAACAAAGGAAACAACUUGGUCUUGAUUUAGGAUUGCAGCCAUUGCAGGUGAAGUUUUGGUUCCAGAACAAGCGUACUCAAAUGAAGACACAUCUUGAGCGUGCCGAAAAUGCACGUCUUAAAGUGGAAAAUGAUAAGCUUCGUGCUGAAAACGUUAAGUGCAAAGAAGUUCUUUCCAGGGCUUGCUGUCUCACGUGUGAUGAUGCUCAAGCAACAGCUGAUGUUUCCCUUGAUGACAAUCAAUUGAGAGUAGAGAAUUCUAAACUCAAAGAAAAGAUUGCGAACCUAACAGGUCUAAUUGCAAGAUAUGUCGGCAAUAAGCACUAUGCCGACAAUACUUCUGCUUUGUCAUCAGCUAUUCCUAGCAGCUCCACUGAGCCUCAAUGGGUAGCAUCACUCAGAGGAGGGCAACAAGAUAUUACUCAGGAAUUCGCUCUUGAUGAAGCCUUAUUCAAGUCAUUGGCCAGACCAAUUGGUAUUGAUAAACCUAAAGCAAUUGAAGUUGUGAUUUCUGCAAUGGAGGAGCUCAUAAGAAUGGCCGAAAUCGAAUUUCCAUUGUGGGUUUCGACCGCCGAUAAUAGGAGCUAUUCCCUGAAUGAAGAUGCGUACUACAACUUGUUCCCUACAGCGAUCGGUCUGAAACCAGUUGGAUUCAAAGUUGAAGCAUCAAAAGGAAGCGAUGUGGUUUUGAUGAAUCAUAUGAAUCUUGUUGAAGUUUUUAUGGAUAUGAAUAAAUGGCUAGCUGUAUUUGCAAGCAUAAUUUCAAGGGCUUUAGUCAUAGAGGUUUUAUCAGCAGGGCCUGAGCCUGGAAAUUUCGAUGGAACCCUGCAAAUGAUGACUGCUGAGUAUCAAAUCCUCACACCAACGGUUCCAACGAGGGAGAGCAUUUUCUUGAGAUACUGUAAACAAUUAGGUGAAGGUACAUGGGGGAUCGUUGAUGUUUCGUUUGACAAUUUACUUUGUUUAGAUCCAUUAGUCAAAUGCAGAAGAAGGCCAUCAGGAUGUAUAAUCCAAGAAAUGCCAAAUAGCUGCUCAAAGAUCACAUGGGUUGAACAUGUACAUGUUCAAGAUGAAGGUGUUCAUUAUUUAGGAAAGCCCUUUGUGGAAUCAGGUCUUGCAUUUGGAGCUCAACGUUGGGUUUCAGUCUUAGCUAGACAAUGUGAACGUCUUGCAAGUGCACUGGUGACAAAUUUCUCUCCUAAUGACAUCAAUGAUACUGUGCUAAUAAGUCCAGAGGGAAGAAAGAACAUCCUGAGACUAUCUGAAAGAAUGGUGCUCCGAUUUUGUGCUGGAGUAACUUCUUCGACUGCACAUGCAUGGCUGAAUUUAUCUGAAAGUGGAAAUGACCAGAUAAGAAUUAUGACAAAGAGGAGAGAAAAUGAUCUGGGGGAGCCUUCUGGUGUUGUGUUAAGUGCUACAACUUCUUUCUGGCUUCCAGUUUCUCACAAAUUUGUGUUCGAUUUCUUACGUGACGAGAGUACCCGAACUCAGUGGGAUAUCCUCUUUAAUUGCGAAGAUAUUAUAGAAAUCCUGCACAUCUCUAAUGGUAACGAAGUUGGCAAUUGUAUCUCCUUGUUACGGGGUACAAAUUCAAACCUUGGCAGCUUGCUGAUGUUACAAGAAUGUGGUACUCAUCAAACAGGAUCUUAUAUUGUCUAUGCCCCUAUUGACAAUGGCACAGUGGAUAUGUUAUUAGAUGGUGCAAGCUCCGAUCAUGUAACACUUCUUCCUUCUGGAUUCACCAUAUAUCCCAGUGGACCUACACCUAAAUCAAUUCAUGUUGAUGCCAUUUCUGGAGCUGCUCGAGAUGCUGGAUCUCUCCUCACUAUUGCUUUUCAGAUUUUGGUUAAUCCCGUCCCAAAUGCAAACAUUCCUGCAACAUCAAUUCCCAGCAUCAGCAAUCUCAUUGAGUAUACAUCUCACAAGAUAAGAGCUGCUUUGGCUCUCCGUGGUGCCUAA